GUUGAAUCCUAAUCCCUCAGGCUUGACUGCAUCAUGGUCUCAGGAUAAACUGACAUGUCAGUUUUGGACGUUUGAAAAUGCCCCUUGGACCUUUAUCUUUUGCUCAGAUGUGGUUUAAAGGAAGGCCCUGUCUGGUUGAACCUGCGAAGGUCAUAGUGUGUCGUCACUGCCGCUGAGGACUUGGAGCAGACCAGGACGUCUCGGAGCACCAGAAACCUGCAAGCCUGCUAGCUCAGCACCAGGAAGUCCGGAAGAAACUAUGAAUGACCCCUAUCAGAACAACAUCAACCAGCAGGUGACUGAAGCGGGCGAGUACACGUACAGCCAAGGGGGCGACGGCGGCGGUCAGGACGGAUACCCUUACCAGACGGAAUACCCGCCCCAGGAUGAGGAUGCCGCCAGUGACGCCACCGAGGGUGCUGACGAGGAUGAGCAGAUGUAUGAGGGCGAGUACCAAGGCGUGCCGCAUCCGGACGAGAUCAAGGAGGCCCGGCGGGCGGCGCGCCAGGAGGCCAAGAGAAAGGCCCGGCUGGCCGCCCAACAGGAAGACUACGAUGAGGACAACCUGCCCGAGCAGUAUGAGACCAUCAUGGAGGACUGCGGACAUGGUCGCUUCCAGUGGAUGCUCUUCGUGGUCCUGGGCCUGGCACUGAUGGCUGACGGUGUGGAUGGCUUCGUGGUGGGCUUUGUCAUGCCCAGUGCUGAGAAAGACAUGUGUAUAUCCAACUCAGACAAGGGCUUGCUGGGCUUGCUGGUGUACGUGGCCAUGAUGGUGGGCGCACUAGUGUGGGGCGGUCUGUGCGACAAGAUGGGGCGCAGGAAGUGCCUAAUCUACGUGCUGUCCAUCGACCUAAUCUUCUCCUUCUUGUCGUGCUUUGCUCAGAGCUACGGCUUCUUCCUCUUCUUCAGGUUCUGCUCUGGCUUCGGAAUCGGAGGCUCUAUUCCCAUCGUGUACACCUACUUCACCGAGUUUCUGCAGAUGGACAAACGUGGCGAACAUCUGAGCUGGCUCUGCAUGUUCUGGAUGUUGGGUGGCCUCUAUGCCUCCUUCACCGCCUGGGGGAUCAUCCCCCACUAUGGCUGGGGCUUUGCCAUUGGCACAGAAUUCCAGAUGCACAGCUGGAGAAUCUUUAUCCUGGUGUGUGUCUUUCCGGCUCUGGGCGCUCUCGUCGGUGUUGUCUUCAUGCCGGAAAGUCCCCGAUUCCUCCUGGAGAGCGCCCGACAUGACGAGGCAUGGAUGGUCCUGCGUCAUGUUCAUGACACCAACUGGAAGGCCAAGGGCGAACCAGAGAGAGUCUUCACUGUAACCAACAUUAAAACGCCACAAGCGCAGGAGGACGAGUUCAUCGAGAUCCAGAGCGACACAGGCACCGCCUUCCAGCGAUGGACCGUCAGACACAUGACUAUGCUGCAGCAGGUGAUGGCUAACGUGAUGUCACUGUCAGCGUCCGAGCUGCGACUGCAAGGCCUCUUUCUGGUCAUCGUUUGGUUCUGUUUGGCCUUCAGCUACCAUGGGCUAGGAGUGUGGUUCCCCGACAUGAUUAAGUACAUGCAGUUCGAGGAGUACGAAUCCAAAGUGCGCAUUUUCCACCGGGAACGUGUGGAGCGUUUCCACUUUAACUUUUCCCUGGUCAACCAAGUGCACCGCGAGGGCGAGUACAUCCAUGACAAGUUCGCAAACAUCGAGAUAAAGUCCGUCAAGUUUGAAGACUCUUUGUUUGAGAACUGCUACUUUGAGGACAUCAAGUCCACCAACAGCUUCUUUGAGAACUGCACAAUUAAAAACACUGUUUUCUACAACACAGACCUUUGGCAAGAGAAGUUCAAAGACUGCCGCAUGGAGAACACAACCUUCCUGCACCCUAAGAAAGGGUGCCACCUCAACUUCCAGGAGGAGAACGACAUAGUCAUCUAUCUGGUCAGCUUCCUGGGCAGCUUGGCUGUGCUGCCAGGCAACAUCAUCUCGGCACUCUUCAUGGACAAGAUCGGACGAAUCAGAAUAAUAGGGGGUUCCAUGCUGGCGUCAUCGGCCUGCACUUUCCUACUGCUGCUGAGCUUCAGUCAAGGAGCAGUCAUAUGUUGGCAGUGUCUUUUCUACGGCGCUAGUGUGGCAGCCUGGAAUGGACUGGAAGUCAUUUCGGUGGAACUGUACCCAUCAUCUAAAAGGGGCACAGCGUUCGGCAUCCUCAAUGGCGUCUGCAAGUUGGCCGCCAUCAUCGCCAGCUUCAUCUUUGCAGCGUUCGUGGGCAUCACCAAGAUCAUCCCCAUCUUCUUGGCCUUCUCGGCGCUCGUCUGCGGGGGUCUGCUGGCACUCAAACUGCCCGAGACACGUGAGAAGAUCCUGUCUUGAACAGAGCCAAAUGUCACUGACUGCGCCAACAACACUGCCACCAAUGGGCCGUCUGACCACGGGUGACCACCAGUCCUUUGGGGCAAACCCCGUGGAUCCAGAACUUCAUGUUUUACAUUGCCUAUGUUGACCUUCACUAGCUGUUCCCGUUACGAUCCUCAGGCCCACCCAGAUCAUGUGCGAAUGUGAAAUUUAGAAAAUCGUUUUUGUCUUUGUAUUUUCCUCUAUCUUCAAUUUACAGUCACAUAGUCAUGUCCUUUGCGGUCCAUGUUAAAAAGCCUGAACAGUGCUUUAAAGGUGAUGUACUUCCUGUCGCCAUGUUGUGCUUUCGUUUCUCUUCCUGUCUGGCAAAAGCCAAAUGUUUCCACCAAGCGGUACACUUGCAUUUCCAGAUAUCAGGUAUCAAAUGGCUUGUUUGAGGUACCCAUAGAGUGUGUGGGAAGCAAACAACAUGUCUUGUGUUGUUGUUUACUGUGUGGCCUUCCUCUUCUACAUUGAAUUCAUUGGCAGCUAACACUUUACACUUAUGUUUAUGGAUUAACCUGACAAAUACUUCAUAGACAUAUUAUUUGCUAGAAAAGUAAAAAUUAAAACAGCAAAUCUGCUCUUACUGUGUCCAAAUCACUGAGUGUCAUGCAAACAAAUAGCUUUUUAACUUACAGUAUGAUGUCCAACAAAUCUAAAAACAAAAUAAUUUUUGGGAGCUUUACUAUUAUAUAGCAAACCAAAGCAAAUUUAUUUGUAUAGCGCAUUUCAUACACAAGGUAACUCAGUGUGCUUUACAUGAUUAAAAGCCUUUAAAAACAAAGAAAAAACAUCUUACAAACAUUUAAAACAAAUAGAAAAAAAUAAAAGUACAAAUAAAAUGCCGUACAGUGCACGAAAUAUCAUUUAAAAGUGGAAAUGCUCAAAAACGAAUGAGAAAAAAGAAGAGUUUUUAAUCUGGAUUUAAAACAUUCACACUUGGCGCUGACAUCACUUCUGUUGGCAUCUUAUUCCAUUUGUGUGCAGCAAAACAGCUAAAUGCUGCUUCACCAUGUUUGGUUUGGACUCUGUGCGGCAGUGUUUGACCUGAGUCUGUCGAUCUCAUAGCCCUAUUCCAUUAGCAUUUCUUUCAUUUAUUUAGGACCUAAACCAAUUAGUGAUUUAUAGACCAGCAGCAGAACUUUGAAAUUUAUUCUGAAGCUGACUGGGAGCCAACGUAAAGAUUUUAGAAUUGGAGUAAUAUGCUCUGACCUCUUUGUUCUGGUCAGAACCCAAGCUGCAGCAUUCUGAAUGAGCUGCAGCUGUUUAAUGCUCUUUUGGGGGAGUCCAGUCAGAAGACCAUUACAAUAGUCAAGUCGACUUAAGAUAAAAGCAUAUAUUAUCGAAACAAUAUUUUUCUUUGUGUUUCAAAAAACAUUUUGAAAGCUCCCAAAAUGUGGACACACAUUAUGGGGGUUUUGUUGCUAGAUAGCAUUAGAAAUCAAUUAUUGGGUAAAUCCAACAAGAAUUGGAUUUUUAAAACACGCAUAAAUAAAAUGGUGUAAAAUCCUAAAAAUUAAACAGUAAAUGUACCAAAAUUUACAGAGUUUUUUAUACAAUUAUAUAUUAUAGUAUCUGCAAAAUCGGUGAAUUAAUUUUCAUUAAUAAACAAAAAACAAUUUAUUUUCCUGUGUUUCGGAUAAAAUUGCAGCAACAAAAAAGAAUCUUGUGUUUGUACGACAAAAACUAGACUAAAAUCAUUUAGCAAAAAGAGCUAAUAACAAUAUGAAUCAAUGUUUGGCAUUCUAACAGCUAGCUUUUAAUACGUCUCUUUAAAACAAAUACUACCUAUCUGCAAUUUGUUUGUAUUCAUACCCAAAAUUCCAAUUGAAACAAAAAACAAACUUACAAAAAAAAAAAAAAUUCUUUUAAAUCACAAAAUGUUGCGAUAUUUGCUUAUUGUUGUAGAAGCAUUUUUGGGGAGGUUGUUGGUAUAUUUAAUUAUAAUUAGAGACAAGUUAUUGAGUCAGUCUGAAAAAAUGGUUUAACAAAAAUGCAAAAAACAUUUUCAAGAUUAUUAUUAUUUUCUAAAUCACAAAAUUUGGUGAUCAACAGUGGCGAUGUAUUUUGAUGUAAAGGCUGGUAACGACCCUAACCCAUCCAUCCAUUUGCUGUACCGCUUAUCCUCACUAGGGUCGCGGGUGUGCUGGAGCCUAUCCCAGCUAUCUUCGGGCGAGAGGCGGGGUACACCCUGAACUGGUCGCCAGCCAAUCGCAGGGUACAUAUAAACAAACAACCAUUCACACUGACAAUCACACCUACGGGCAAUUUAGAGUCUUUCAGUCGUUCACUGUGCCGCCCGACCCUAACCCCUGCAGAACAAAUAAAAAAUAUGUGUUACACUGCUACGACCUUCCGCUAUUCACUUACUGUAGCUUAUGCAGCUAUGGCUAUCCUAAACUAGAUGAGGAUUUAAUGCGCCAAAUUUACCGCUUGGUGGAAACUGUUUCACCAGAAAGAAACAACUGAUGCGAAAGUCCAUAAAAUUCCUGUUUAUCCCACACUUGUGAUCUGUGUCGACGAGUCUCAUUUGUAUAUCAUGCAUAGCUUAUUUUCUAUUUAAGAGUUUAGUUAAAGUUCUCUGGUCUUUUUCCGAAUUGUCUACCCUGUUUUGUUGUCAGGUUGUAUCUUUUAGUCUUAAUGUUCUAUUUUGUUUGUUUUUCUGAUGUCACGUUUUUUUUUUUUUUUUUUAAUGAGAUUACUCCACAUUGUGUAUUAGUAUGUUGUUGUUGUUGUUUGUUAUAAUGUUCUGACUGUAACAUUGUUCUGACUGUAACGUUGUGACUGACAAAGAGCAUUCUUACACAAACCUGCUGUGGUUCUGACAACACGUGUCAACAUUUGUGAGGAGUGUGUGACUUUUUUUUGCCAUGAUUGUGCGUGUGUGCGCAUGUGUGCGUGUGUAAUUUUAUUUCAACACAAUAGUAUUUACUAUGCAUGUAAAUAAUGUAGUAGAUUAAAUGUAACAUCUCAAUUCUGUCAUGACUUGAAUAAAGAUGAGAGACGUUG